CGGGGGCCUCCCUUACCCAGGGCUGGCAUCAUGUCGGCGGCGCAGGUGUCCUCGUCCCGAAGACAGUCUUGCUACCUGUGCGACCUGCCCCGUAUGCCCUGGGCCAUGAUCUGGGACUUCUCCGAACCUGUGUGCCGCGGUUGCGUCAACUACGAAGGCGCAGAUCGCAUAGAGUUCGUGAUCGAGACCGCGCGCCAGCUGAAGCGGGCUCACGGCUGCUUCCAGGACGGCCGCUCCCCCGGGCCGCCGCCGCCCGUCGGGGUCAAGACGGUGCCGCGGACCCCCGACGCCAGCACCGCCAGGGGCUCCCGGAGGCCCAGCCUGUCUUGGGGGCACCCCGGGCGUUUCGGCCGCGGCGUCUACCGCGUCGUCUUCAACCUCAUCGUCGGUGGCGGAGGUGGGCGUGGGAACGCGAGCUGA